GAUGCUUUGUAAAUGUGCGUGAGGCUUCUGUAGACAGCAACGUAUCGCAAACCCCGUGGACUACGUGGCGGCGCCGAAUGGAACAGGUCUACUGGUCUUUGGCUGCGCCGCCGCUCCGCUUUGUCAUCUUGAAAGGUUUCAGCCUCAAAGGAGGAGGAGGAGACCCCGAUAGCGUAUCGCUGCUACUGCUCGCGCGCGUGGGAGUGCGGACGCCAGGAAAGCUGCUUCCCGACCCUGAAUUCAGCGGCGAGCCCGAGCUGCUUUUCGUUGGGCUGUGCAUCGUAGUGGGUCUUCGAAGCUGGGCGGCAAACCCUCUCAGACGAUUUGGAGAGACUGGACGAACAUCCUUUGAAGGGCUAGAGGAAGCGCUAAUGGUGGUGCUCUGGGAGAGAGGACUGGGUACUUUCUCCUUCAUACGCACAUGGGAAGGUGAUGCUGUCAUCACCCAAUCGUCGUUUGAAGGCAUCUUCCUGACUUCUGGACGUGGCAGUGAUGCCGAAUCUGGAGAGCUGACUGUCCUCCCUCGCGAGCUGCGAGGUGUUGCCAUGGUUCCUGUGCUCGCGAUUGCUUCAAUUUUUGGAGGACUUGCUGGCUGAAAUGAGGACAGUUGGCUAGGCUCGCAGAACAGCCAUGAUUCGAGAGGAGGAGCAGUGUGCGCAUGGACUGGCCGCAUUCGCUGCGAGCUCGUGGAGCUG